AUGGCAAAUAUCUUUCACAUUAUUUCCUCCUAUAGCAAUGACACUUAUAGGAUAAAGCUUGUGUUGUCUGUCUAUUGGACAUUUUUAAGGAAAAAUUUUGGCACAGCCUCGGAUAAUUUGCCUUCUAUGGAGUCUCUGAUUAAUUUAAUGAAGGGGGUGUUUGUAUUAAAAACAAGAACACAGGAUAGUGGUCUCGUUACGGCAUCAAAUAACUUGUUGACAUCAAUCUGGAAAUAUAUAGAUAAACGACUUGAAGGUUUUGGUACCAAUGAGUUGGUUCUGAUUUCUAGUGUAUAUUUCGACACUAUAUCUGAAAAAAAGAAGACUUCUGCCAAAUUUAAUGCCGAUUUAAGUUCAAAAGUUCUGCAUGAGAUUGAUAAAAAAUUCGAUGAUUUUAUUUUGUCCCACCUUAUCACUAUUAUUGAGCACACGCAUAAAAUAAGACAUUUUCCCCUUCACGUGGUGUCAGUCGAUGGUUCAUCAAAAGAUCCAGACACAUCGUCUUCAAAGGAAUACACGUGCGUUGACCAAAUAAAGGAAAAGUGGGUAAGAAAACUGUCGGACAAUCUGGUAAACUUAACCACAAAUGAUUUAGCAGAUGCGAUUUACUCACUUUCUUUACAUCACUCUUCGUUACUAUGCCAAUAUUUGAUUUCCCACGAUCUUUACAUUACACCAGUGAGCACUGUUAUUGAGAAUAGAAUAAAGUUUCUAUUUGGACAAGAUGAUAAGAAUAAAAAGGAUUAUCUUAGUUUGGCACGGCUAUUUCUUACGCUCCCUGAGGACAGUGAGUUGAGAGAGACUUUUAGAGAGAUAAAUACAGAGAAAGUAUUCAAAGGAUUAUCGGCUAACAAUAUCCUUGAGCUGUUUUAUAUAUCAAAAUAUGUACCAGAGACUACGAAGAUUUUAUCUCUAUUAGCUGAACAGGUGGCACUAGGGCAUAUUCAACUGUCUUCUAGAGAUAUACACUUUAUACUUGAGAACAUUGAUAAUUUUAAGGACAAAAAAGUUGUAACUGAUCUCAUUUUGUACCAUAUAUCGGGCUAUACCUUCUCUAAACCUAAAGAAUAUUUUGAGUUGUUAAAUAUAUCAAAGUACUUUUCGAGAUUUUCUGUUGAGGAUAUCCCUGGAAUGCAAGAUCUAAUUUUUUCAAACCUCUUUAAAUUCUUGCCUAGUUGUUCUAUGGAGGAAUUGGAACUUAUAUUUAGGUACGUAAGUCGUAGUACUAUUAAAGAUGAGGAAAUAGAAAGCAUAUUAUCACGUUUACUAAAUGUUGAUGUGGGAGAAGCAAGCUCAAGGCAAAUAGCAUCUGUACUUGAGAAAUUGUGUGAACUCAGAAUUCGUCACGAUGCUAUUAUAAAACGUUUUGUUCAUGCCUUUACUCAAAAGUUUCAUACUUGUGGAGAACAUACUGACAAGUGGGCGGACUUGACCAAAGUCGUAAAAUCAACGGCAAACCUGGGAAUUUAUAAUGAUGAUCUUUAUGAGUUUUCCAGGAGUGUUUUGGGCGUCAGUGAACAUAAUUUUGAUUCACUAGAUUUACAAGACCGGAUAAAUUUCUUGCAUGGCCUUUCCUUGAUAGACGCGUCUGAUCCCACUUUUGAGGAGAAGUUUAUAUCUGUUGUCGAAGAAUUUUCAGCUAGCACAAAGAAGAUUAUGACAGAUGCAAAUAUAUGCUUGAAGAUAUAUGAAAUAUACAUAAAUCGGUUAUUUGCAAAUUCAGCGAAUCCAAGUAUGAGAAAUCCUACCACCGAUAACGUGCUCAACUUUGUGAAUAAGGUUAUGCAGGAGUGGCCAUGUUAUCAUUGGUUCAAGAAUGAAGAAAAGAUUCACAUGCAAUUCAAGAACUCUAUCGACUAUAUUACAAUUAGAGUAAGUUUCCCCCUUGUCUUUCAUCAAAUUCAGGAAUCCUUGGAAAAAUUGGGAAUGCACUCUGUCGAAUCCAAGAUUACGGAAGUGUAUUUUUGCCACUUUGUAUUAACUCUUGAAAAUUCGAAAAUCGCAAUGAUUUGUGUACCGGACGAAUCGUUACUAACCUGGUUGAACGCGGAUGAGAAAAACGACAAUGUAACUAAUCAAAUCGGACAUUCCAGGGUUGAAUUUGGCGAUUGCAGUAGGCGUAUUGAGCACAUGAGACGGUCUGACUGGAAGGUUUCCAUAAUCUACCUUUCAGAAUGGAGAAAACUUAACCUUGAAGACCGACCGACCUACCUUCUAAAACGCAUCAAGCAAUGA